GGAGCAGAGGAGGAACAAACAUGGCGGCUGGCUAUGCGUGGUUUCUUGUGCUGGGUUCGGUUUUUCUGUGUAAUCUCAUGAAAACCCUCCUGCCGACCAUAUCCUCUCUCCUCUCCAAGAUGGUGCAGAAAGAUGCCGAGCAGGAGAGUGAGAUGAGGGUUGAAGUCCAGGAGAUGAAGAAGGAGCAGGACUCGAUCAACAUGAUGGACGAGUUUGCUAGAUAUGCCAGAUUGGAGCGCAAAAUCAACAAGAUGACAGACAAGCUGAAGUCACAUGUGAAAUCAAGAACAGCGCAACAAGCGAAGAUGAAAUGGGUGGUGAACAUCGUCUUCUACAUACUGCAGGCUGCUGUGAUGAUCUCCUUGAUAUGGAAGUAUUACGCUGACCCAGUGACAGUGGUCCCAAGCAAAUGGAUUGCCCCAGUUGAGCGCCUUGUGGCCUUCCCAACAGGCGUUGCAGGUGGAGUGGGAAUCACAUGCUGGCUGGUGGUUUGCAACAAAGUGGUUACGCUGGGUCUCCAUGCCAUCAGCUAGAAAUUGCGGCCGAGUUAAAUACACUUGUUCUCUAACUUAUUGCUCAACAUUCAGUUGAUGAAAGCUUCAUUUUGUGUUGUUUGAUUUCAGGUCAACAUGUAAGAAUGCAGUGCAUUUUGGCGUCGGCUGAUUCAUAGUGCAACAUUUUUGUUCUUUUUGUUACGACGAUUUAAAGUUAAUUCUGAGAAUAUAUUGACUGAAUUGUACCAAAACAAUGGUUUUGAAAUGUUGAAAUGCCUUUUUUAAGAAAAUAAAACAUCAAGAAAAGAU